AAGAAGGAACACGUCAUGAUAAGCAUUCCCUAGAAAGCUUUAGUUGCUGCUGACUUUCUGUUCUGUUGGUUUUAAGAGGUUUUAUUUCUGUGGAAGAAUGUCAGAAGAAAGCAAUGUCAAUGUUUCAUCUACUGAAAAAGGGGAUCUCGAGGAUGGGACAAUGAAUGAAGAUAAUUCUUCUAAGUCAACUUUGCAUUCAGAAGAGCCGGCACCUACUGAAUACGUUAAUGAGCCAACUGAGCAAGAACACGUUCAAGAGAACAGACAACCAAUUGAAGUUGUUCAAUCUGAAGACCAAAAUGGGUCAAUUGCUCUUGGAUCUCCAGAAACGAAUAUAGAACCAGUAGACUCUACUUCUGAGCAACAACUGACCACAUCUGAAGCAUCCAUUGAAACCGAAUCUUCCGAAAAAACAAAUUUUGACCAACCUGCUGUGAAGUCUACUUCCAGUGAAAUAUCCAUAUCUCUGGUUUCCUCUUCUGACAAGGCUUUAGAAGAAGUGUCUGAAAAUAUCCAGCUUAUCUACGAAGGAUUAAAAGAUAUGAAGAUAAGUACACAGAAUAAUCCAGGAUCGGCUUCAAGUACAAAAGGACGUAAGCCUGCAUCAACUCCUCGUGCAAAAAGUACUCCAGUGAAACAACUGCCUUCUCCACCUCUCACUAGAUCCAGGUCAAGAGAUCUGAGGAAGUUUCCGUCUACCCCUUCUUCUCCUGGUCGAUCAGCUGGCAGUGAUUCAGAUGAAGUAAAGAGAGUAAGAGGAAGGCAGAGAGUAAAAAAGGACUAAUUGUAUUGAAAUGAGUGUGUUCUUAUAUUUUUAGAGUUCAUCUUUUUUCUUAAAAUUUUAAAGUUUAUCUUGUUUUAUAAACUAUUCAAAUAAAGCUUUGAUUUCCUCUAC